AAUUCUUCUGUAUUUUUUCCCGGAAUCCGCGUUUGAAGGGCUUACUUUCUUUGACCAUCCUCCUCACUCCUCUCUCUAUAUUUGUGUAUAUUUUAUGAAUAGGAUGGUGUGUAUAUAUUUCUUGUUCCACAAAAAGUGAUUCAAAUAUCGAAGCUUUGAAUUGGUACAAAUUUGAACCAGACCCAUCAUUUUCUCCAUUCUUUCAAGAAAAUAUAUAGAAAUUUCUUUGUUAAACUGAUACUAGAAAGAAUUCAUACCCGUGUUUAAAGGUCCAGUUGACUCUACUUUUGAAUUUAUUUUCCAGCAUUUCACACAUUGGAGCAGCCGAGCAGGGUAUAUAAACGGGGAUAUAUUCAUUCAGAAUCAUAUUACAAUAAAAUCUUUUCCAGAGUGCAAGAGGGUUUACAUUUCUGUUUAUCUUCAGGAAACUCCGGGGAUGACUUUAAGAACGAACAGCUUUGAUAAAGCGGAUUCAAUUGCCAUCACAACGGCAAAAAGAUGCAAAAAGAUGGUUAGAGAGAAUUCGAUAAACUUGGGGAACUUCGAGCCUGCAAAAUUAGUCCUUGAAACGACUCUUUCAUUCAAAAAUUUAGUUCAAGAAAUAAGAAAACCAGAAUCUGAUAAUGAGAAAGUUGAUACUAGCGAACUCCCGGAACCAGCCAUAAUGUUUUCUCCAAGACCUGUUAGUGAGCUUGAUGCAGCAGCAGUCAAGCUUCAAAAAGUCUACAAGAGUUAUCGGACUCGAAGAAACCUUGCAGAUUGUGCAGUUGUGGUCGAGGAGCUAUGGUGGAAGGCUUUAGACUUUGCGGCUCUCAAGCGGAGCUCUGUUUCAUUCUUCAACGAUGAGAAGCCUGAAACUGCAGUUUCUCGGUGGGCUAGAGCCCGGACGAGAGCGGCCAAGGUUGGAAAAGGAUUGUCAAAGGAUGAGAAGGCUCAACAACUGGCCCUACAGCACUGGCUUGAAGCUAUUGAUCCACGUCAUCGGUAUGGACACAAUUUGCAUCUCUAUUACGACGUUUGGUUCAAAAGUGAAAGUGCGCAACCUUUCUUCUAUUGGCUCGAUGUUGGAGACGGAAAAGAAGUGAAUCUUGAGAAGUGUCCAAGGGCCAUAUUGCAUCGCCAAUGCAUCAAAUAUCUAGCACCUAACGAGAGAGAACCAUAUGAAGUCAUCAUAGAAGAUGGGAAGCUUGUGUACAAAGCAAGUGGUGCCUUUGUGGAGACCGCUGAGGGUUCAAAAUGGAUAUUUGUUCUUAGCACGACAAGAAUUUUGUACGUUGGGCAGAAGAAGAAAGGUCUCUUUCAGCAUUCAAGUUUUCUAGCUGGUGGGGCCAUCACAGCCGCUGGAAGAUUAAUCGUUCAUGACGGAGUUCUUGAGGCGAUUUGGCCAUACAGUGGACACUACCACCCGACCGAAGAGAACUUCAGGGAAUUCAUAAGCUUCUUGGAAGAGCACCGGGUAGAUCUUGUUAAUGUAAAGAGAUGUGCAGCUGACGAUGAUUACCUUCCUUCUGAUAAGGAUCCUAAUGAGGAAUCGCUUCGGAGAUCAACUUCUGAAGCCAAACUAUCGGAAAAUACUAACGCAUCUGAGUUCAAUGGUUUGACCACGGAACGAGAAAUUUCAUCUUGUGAUCAAAAGGAUAAGCCGGUGUUUAACUUGUCUAAGCGCAUGUCCCGCAAAUGGACUACUGGUGCUGGACCGCGCAUUGGAUGUGUUCGGGAAUACCCUGCUGAGUUACAAUUCCGAGCACUUGAACAAGUUAACCUUUCACCUCGGGUGGCUAAUGGACCACUUACCUACCAUGGUCCAAUCCCGUCUCCUCGACCAAGUCCGAAGAUUCGACUUUCUCCACGAUUGUCAUACAUGGGAUUGCCUAGUCCGAGGACACCUGUUCCUGUAGGUAACUAAGCUUUUAUAGGACAUGGGGGCUGCCCUUCCUGAUAUAAUCUGACUGUCGAAUGAGGAAACUAACUCAAUUCUUCAUUAUUUUAUUCACUUAUUCAGUUUGUUAAUGGCUCAAUUAAGUGCCAAAUCAUUUUUUUACUCAUUUUAGCUAGUUGGAGGUCAGGUUUGAUUGUUUUUUUCAUUUCUUUUGUAAACAAAGUAGUCAAGAAUUAAUAAGUUGAAAUUUUGAUUUUAUUUUUGUAUUGUGAAAUAAAUAGCGAGGCUAGGAUUUUGGGUUUGGAUAACGAGGAGGGUCAUUGGAUGACAAGACAGUUGAACCAAUCAGUCAAUUUCACUUUCAUAAUUUCCUACUUAUGGGAUGUUUGAUAGA